AUGAACAACCAAACUGCUAUCUCCCAAUUCCUCCUCCUGGGCCUGCCAAUUCCCCCAGAGCACCAGCACCUAUUCUAUGCCCUGUUCUUGGCCAUGUACCUCACCACUGUCUUAGGGAACCUGCUAAUCAUCAUCCUCAUCCACCUGGACUCCCAUCUGCACACACCCAUGUACCUGUUUCUUAGCAAUUUGUCCUUCUCUGACCUCUGUUUUUCCUCUGUCACAAUGCCCAAAUUGCUGCAGGACAUGCAGAGCCAAGUACCAUCCAUCUCCUAUACAGCCUGCCUGACACAAAUAUACUUCUUUAUGGUUUUUGGAAACAUGGAGAGCUUCCUUCUUGUGGUAAUGGCCUAUGACCGCUAUGUGGCCAUCUGCUUCCCUCUGCAUUACACCAGCAUCAUGAGCCUUAAGCUCUGUGCUUGGCUAAUGCUGCUAUUGUGGAUGCUGACGAUAUCCCAUGCCAUGAUGCACACCCUGCUUGCAGCAAGAUUGUCUUUUUGUGAGAACAAUGUGGUCCUCAACUUUUUCUGUGACUUAUUUGCUCUUCUAAAGCUGGCCUGCUCAGAUACUUAUAUUAAUGAGUUGAUGAUAUUUCUCGUGAGUGGACUCCUUGUUGUUAUUCCAUUCCUACUCAUUGUUAUCUCCUAUGCAAAGAUUGUCUCCUCUGUUCUCAAGGUUCCAUCUACAAAGGGCAUCUACAAGGUCUUCUCCACCUGUGGUUCUCAUCUGUCUGUGGUGUCUCUGUUCUAUGGGACAAUUAUUGGUCUCUACUUAUGUCCAUCAGGGAAUAACUCUACGGUAAAGGAAAAUGUCAUGGCAAUGAUGUACACUGUGGUGACUCCCAUGCUGAAUCCCUUCAUCUACAGCCUGAGGAACAGAGACAUGAAGGGAGCCCUAAUUAGAGUUGCCUGGAAUAAGAAAAUCAGUUUUAAAUGGUAG